AUGAGAUUCUCCCGGCUUUCUGUACUGGCGGCAUGCGUGCCUGCUGCCACUGCACGCUUCGUUGAGCCCAACGAGGCCGACAACGUUGUCCUCGACCCAAAUGAGCCAACCUUCCUCAUCGAGACCGCUCCAGGCAAGACGCAAUGGGUGACGGAGGACCAGAAGUGGGAGCUUAGACGGAAUGGCCAGCGCUUCAUGGACAUCACCGCCUCCAGGGACUUGGGCGCCCAGACUCUGCGAAACGGGGCGUCUGUCGUAUUCCCAAGCAAGUGCGUCAAGCGCGACGAGGUCAAGAGCCUGGCGACGAACCUCGACAAGGCGUCCAUGAAGGCCAAUCUCGAAAAGCUGUCUAGCUUUCACACGCGAUACUACAACUCCGACUGGGGCCUGGAGUCUUCCAACUGGGUGCUGGAAAAGGUCAACCAGAUCAUCACGGAGGCCGGUGCCCGCGACACCGUCACCGCCAAGAGCUUUCCUCACACCUGGAAGCAGCACUCUGUAAUUGCUACCAUCCCCGGACAGACCAACAGCACCAUCGUCGUUGGUGCCCAUCAGGAUUCCAUCAACCUGUGGCUUCCUAUCCUUGCUGCCCCCGGGGCUGACGACGACGGCAGCGGCACCGUCACCAUAAUGGAGGUCUUCCGAGCUUUGCUCAAGUCCAAGGACGUCGUGGACGGCAAGGCCGUCAACACCAUCGAGUUCCACUGGUACAGUGCCGAGGAGGGCGGUCUGCUCGGUAGCCAGGCCAUCUUCCGCGAGUACGAGAAGCAGCGGCGCGAUGUCAAGGCCAUGCUGCAGCAGGACAUGACUGGCUACGUCAAAGGCACCCUAGACGCAGGUCUUCCCGAGAGCGUCGGCGUCGUCGUUGAUUAUGUUCACCCUGGCCUGACCAAGUUCAUCAAGACGGUCAUUGAGCAGUACUGCACUAUCCCUUGGGUCGAGACAAAGUGCGGCUACGCGUGUUCCGAUCACGCUUCAGCUUCCAAGGCUGGAUAUCCGUCAGCCUUUGUCAUCGAAUCGUCCUUCGACAAAUCCGACCCUAACAUUCACACGACGUCUGACCUCAUAAAGUUUCUUUCAUUCGACCACAUGCUGCAACAUGCUCGCAUGACCCUUGGCCUUGUUUACGAGCUUGGUUUUCAUAAAUUUACAAAGGGGUACGAGGGGGACGACGAACUGUAG